GGGCUCCUUGGAGGCGAAGGAGGAGGAGGAAAGGGCAGAGCAGUUGGGAAUGGCGGGUAGUUCAAAAGGGAGCGAGGGAAGCCCUGAGGGCAGGGCCACGCGGGCGGGCAGCCAGAGAGGCCUCUCUCCCUUUCUCUUAGCUCUCCUCCUCCUCCUCCUCCCUGAGGAGGCAAGGCUUUGGACCCUUCUGAGGAGGGGAGCCAUUGCAGUGUAGUUUUUAUCUCCAGUCCAUGCUCCUUUUCCUCCCUCAGGCAGAGACCAGCGCUUCUUACACCCAACUCUCUGCCUCACUUCUUGCCUCCAGGGCCAGUUUAUCCCCCCACCCCUUUUAAAAAACCCCAUUGUUUGCUUUCCUUGUACUGUACUUCUCCCUCAAGGUUUACUAACCCUCCUCCUCCUCCCCUCAGAGGGGUGUUUAUUUUCCCCUGGCUAUCUUUAGGAAAUUCCUGAAGGAAAUAAGUGUCAGGGUGUUAUUAUUCAUUAGACCAGCUGCUAAUUGGGCUUAUUCGUCCAUACUUUGCCUCAGGAUUGAUUAUACCUUGUAUAUAGUUUUGGUUGCUUGUACUUCUCCCUCAGGAUAAGUGUUUUUCCUCUGGUUAUUUUAAGCAAUUCCUGAAGAAAAGAAUAAUUGGCCGGUUGUUAUUAAUUAGACCAGCUGCUAAUUUGGUGUAUUCUACCAUACUUUGCCUCAGGAUUCAUUAUACCUGGUAUAUUAAUUAUUCAGUAUAUUAGUUUUGGUUGCUUGUAUUUCUCCCUCAAGGUUUACUAACCCUUCUCCCCUCAGAUAAUUGUUUAUUUCCUUUGCAACCUUUGAGUAAUUCCUGAAGAAAACAAUUGGCAGAGUGUUGUUAUUAAAUUAGACCAGCUGCUAAUUUGGUUUAUUUCACCAUACUUUGCCUCAGGAUUAAUUAUACCUGGUAUACUAAUUAUAAGUUGCUUGUACCUCUUCCUCAAGGUUUACUAAUCCUUUUCCCUUCAGAUAACUGUUUCUUUCCUUUGCAAUCUUUAAGUAAAUCCUGAAGAAAAGAAUUGGCAGGGUGUUAUUAAUUGUUGUUUUUUCCCACCAUACUUUGCCUCAGAUUAAUUAUACCUGACAUGUUAAUUAUUCAGUAUAUUAAAUAGUUACACAUUUGGUAGGGUCUCUCUCUCUCUUUUUGGAGAGUUGGGGAUGUCUUUCAUCCUCCAUUUUACCCAUAACAAUAAGGAGCGCUUUAUUCAACCAUACUUUGCCUCAGAUUAACUAUAGCUGACAUCUUAUUUAUUCAGUAUAUUAAAUAGUUGCACAUUUGGUAGAGUUUUCUUUGUGGGGAUGGAAAUGUCCUCUCCAUUUUAGUUGUAAAAAUAUGGAGCACAUAAAUGUGAAGCAACUGCCGGUCUUCAGACUAAUUUGGUAAUGUCUGCACCGUUGUGGAAUACUUUUUUAAACUGCAGUCUCCUUGUGAAUCCACCAGGAAUAUAAUCAGUUCUAAAGACAAGAUGUCAGAAAGUAAUUCAAUCCUGUCUAAUAUUCUUAAAAGAGGCAAACUGACUUCUCCUGGCAACAGUACAAGAUAUUUCAGUUUUAAAGAGUCUGGCUCUCCUUCCAUAUUUUAUGACAGUGGAUACAAUGAAUCAUUAAAAGACCCAAGUUUUAAUUAUACUGAAGCAGAACAUAAAGGAGGACAGAAUGACAGAGGCCUGCCUGAGUAUUCUAAGCAUGCCCAUUCCAGUAGUGUGUGCACUUCAGUGUCAUCUCCCAUUGAAAAUAAACACAAUGUUAUUGUAUCAUCAGAAAAGAAGGAAGCUAGUGUACACACAGACUAUUCUGAAACACCCAGAGUUGCUAAAAAAGAUUUGUCAAUCCGCAGAAGACUGCUUGUGCCCAAAGCAGCUUCUGUUGGUGCUUUUGGAUGCUAUGAAAGACAAGUAUCAUCUUCAGGAAACAGUGGGGGGAAAACAUGCUCAUCUCAUUUUCUUAGUUUUGAUGAAAGAAUUUCAAGAUGUGCUUUGGAUUCUUCAAGAGACAAAAGCUAUCAGCCACUGGCUACCAGUACUUUAAAAAGUGAUGAUUCUACUUCUGCUUGUCAGAGACUGAGACAUGUAUUUUCUCAGCAGAGGACUUCUACAAUAGAUGAUUCAAAGCCUAAAGGCAGCCUUUUGUCAGAACCAGGUUGUUUAUCUCCAAUCCAGCCUCAGCUUUCUACAGACACACACAGCAGUUUCUUUGACAGUGCUCUUACUAGUUUUAGUGACCAGAACACUUGUUCAGAGUUAGUUGGAACUCCACACUGUAGACUGUAUAGAACAAAUGAUAAAUCUGUCACACCAGUCAAUAGUCUUUUGGAAGGAUUUAAUCUUUCCAUUGCUGAAAUAAAUACACCUUCAUCUACAGAAAUAAGUAAUUUCAGCCCAUUAACUACUGAUAAUAGCAGCUAUAAUUCUCUUGGGUAUGAUAAGUCGGAAGAUUCAUUGUCAGAUCAUGAGGGGUCUUUCCAAGAACUUCUUCAAAAAUGCAGUGAACCAUCCAGCCUUCUAAAUUCUAAAAGAAAGGCAAGAACCCUACAACGAUCAAGAAGACUGUCAACUCUUUCAGAAUGUGGCUCACAAUCAGAAAAAGAAGAAGACUAUGUUACUACCUUUUCUAAUUCAAAAUGUAAACUAAAAAAACCUGCUGGAUGUAUUGGUGAAGACAGUGAAUUGGUUUUUAGUGUGGAUGAUAAUAGCCACAUGGUUCCAAAUCUAGAAAAUAUAUCAAAGACCCCAGCAUUGCAACUAAUUCACAAACUCUUUACACAAAACAAAAGUAAAAGAACAGAGGAAACCGAUUUAUUGAAGAAUACUGAUGGAGUUGACAUGUCACUGUUAAAGUGUAUUGUUGCUCAACUCAUUGGCAAGAAAAUGGGCAUCGAAAAACUAGAUAUAUUAACAGAAUUAAGAGACAGAGAUUUAAAACAUGUUCUUACCAUGAUUUUAGAUAUCCUGACUGUGGAAAGCCUAUGCAGUAUGUGGAAAGUAAGCAAAAAUUGGCGGGAAAUUGUUGUACAGGAUAAACAUGCAAAUCGAAGGAGGAAGUUGUAUGUUAAACAGCUGAGAGCAGUGACUAAGAAAAACCUACUGGAUGUUGAAGAUGCUGCCACUAGACUAAUGAUGACUAGAUUUGCACUACGGCCUGUCCAGGCGCAAGCAAAAUCUGUAGCAUCGCAACUGCAGUCUGCUUUUAGUGAAUCUUUGACACUUCAGCGACGUAGCCCUAUUCUUCAAUCAACUAGUAAGCAGGAAGCAUAUAUAAAGGUUGCCCAAACCCUCUUCAGUGAUGAAGCUUUAAAACCCUGUCCAAAGUGUCAAUGCCCUGCUAAAUACCAAUCUUUAAAAAAACGUGGACUCUGUAGCCGGGAAGACUGUGCAUUUGACUUCUGCAGUUUAUGUUUAUGCGCUUUCCAUGGGUCAAGAGAUUGUAGCACUUCGUCUCCUUACUGGCAAAAUACAAAAUAUGCCCUGCCAGGAAGUGCCAAAAGCAAAAGAAACUUAAAACGUCUCUAAACGUUUUGGAGUAAAUAGAUUAUAUUUCCUUGAUUCUCUAUUUUAUAUAGGUAGCACUUUUAAUAAUUAUGCAUUUUUAGAAGUAUAUGUCAUAUUUUUGAUCAUCAAUCAAGCUGUUA